CGUUCCCCACCCUGCUGCCUGGGGAAGGCUGUGCUGGUGGGGCACUGGCUGACCCCCAUCUUCUCCCCUCUCUCCUCUCCCUCUCCAGGUUCCCUGGUCCAGGCAGCGCUGACUCAGCCACCCUCCGUGUCAGCGAACGUGGGACAAACCGUCCAGAUCACCUGCUCCGGGAGCAGCUAUGGUUACUACAGCUGGCAUCAGCAGAAGGUUCCUGGCAGUGGCCCUGUCACUGUGAUCUACAGCAACAACCAGAGACCCUCAGACAUCCCUUCACGAUUCUCUGGAUCCAAGUCUGGCUCAACAAGCACAUUAACCAUCACUGGGGUCCAAGCCGAGGACGAGGCUGUCUAUUACUGUGGUGCCUACGACAGCAGCUACAAUGGGGAGACAGGGCAAUGGGGAAGUGAUACAAAAACCUCCUGCCAUCACAGGAGCCAGUUAGAAGUUCCAGGUUCCCUGGUCCAGGCAGCGCUGACUCAGCCACCCUCCGUGUCAGCGAACGUGGGACAAAACGUCCAGAUCACCUGCUCUGGGAGCAGCUAUGCUUAUUACGGCUGGUACCAGCAGAAGGUUCCUGGCAGUGCCCCUAUCACUGUGAUCUACAGGAACAACCAGAGACCGUCGGACAUCCCUUCACGAUUCUCUGGAACCCAGUCUGGCUCCACAGGCACGUUAACCAUCACUGGGGUCCAAGCCGAGGACGAGGCUGUCUAUUACUGUGCUGCCCAGGACGGCCGGGCUGAUCAGCACCCAGCUGCCCCGCUGGAUGGCCAUGGAACAUCAUCCCUUCGUUUGUGCUGAUGGACAUCCAGGCUUCCACAGUUGUGACUUAUGUAUACCAACUAAUUGAGGGUGAUGUGAAAGUAGAAAGAAUGGACUUCAAGAAGUACUGAAUGACGUUCAGGCCUGCUCGUUGGCUUCUCCCCGCCGUGCAUUCCUUCUCUCUCCGGUGAAGUCGAAGGGGAGGCAGGCCACGGGGGGGUGCUGCUGCUGCGGCGUGUUGGGCUGUAGAGCAGCCGCAUCGCUCUACUGCUCGUGAGCUUGUGAGAAAACGUUAGUCUUGGUUCCCAACCCGCAGGUGAAGCAGAAGCAACUGCUGAUUAAGAGGCCUGUGGAAAAUACCCUGUGUCUAAGGAGGAGCUGCUGUGUUCCUGGCCUAAGGGAAUCACAGAGGGUGGUGGUAGCUUGGCACCGAAGCUCUUCUGUAAAACAACAGGCAUAGAAUAAUAAAUUCCUUUCUUUGGG